AGUCCAUAAUGUUAAGCUUGUUCACAUCGGUAUUCCGACCUUCAAACCAAUUUUAUAUAGUUUUUAUAAUUAGAAACAAUUCCACGUUCACAAUUUUUUUUUUAAAAGAAAUGCGCGUUUUUAAUUGCAUUUUUUUUUUCUGUACUUAAGUAGGAAAGAAACUCUCUGAAUUCCCACCAUUGAAUCAAAUGAGAAUUCAAAUUUCAUCCUGGCUUUUGUUGGUAUGCUUUUGCUCAAGCUUUUUUGGGUUGCAUCCAAUACUGGUUUCAGGACGAUGUCUUGAUAACCAGAAAGUUUUGCUUUUGGCUUUGAAAAAUGAAGUCCAAUUUGACUCUUCACUCUCAACGAAGCUCGUCGGGUGGAACCAAAGUGUUGACUGCUGCGAUUGGGGUGGUGUGGCAUGUGACAAAACCGGCCAUGUCAUCGGACUUGAUCUUAGUAACGAAAGCAUAUCGGGUGGGUUUAAUGGCUCCUCAAGUGUUUUUAGUCUUGGAUUUCUCAAAUCCUUCAACUUGGCGUAUAACAGCUUCAAUUCUGCUCAGCUGCCAUUGGGAUUUGGAAAGCUUACUCAGGUGAGCUAUCUGAAUUUAUCAAACGCAAAUUUCGUAGGUCAGAUUCCUGGAGAUUUUUCAUCAAUGAAGAGGUUGGUUACCCUUGAUCUUUCUUCAAGUCCUUAUUACACUCUCGUUCUCGAAAACCCAGAUCUCAAAAUGCUCAUUCAGAACCUUAAGGAAGUAAGAGAGCUCCAUCUUGACAAUAUGAAAAUCAGUACCCAUGGGUAUCAUUGGUCAGGGGUCAUAUCUUCUUCCCUACCCAAUUUGCAGGUUUUAAGCUUGAAAAGCUGUGGUCUUUCAGGUCCUCUUGACUCUUCACUUUCUAUGCUUAAAAACCUUUCGGUCAUUCUUCUAGACGAAAAUACCUUUUCAUCUGAUAUCCCCGAGUCCUUUGGUAGCCUCCAGAAUUUAAGAGUUUUGAGCCUUCGUGCAUGUAAUCUUAGUGGUUCACUUCCGAAAAAAAUCUUCCAAAUACCCACUCUAAAGACGAUCGAUCUUUCUAGCAAUGUAAUUCUCAAAGGUCCUCUCCCGGAAUUUCCAGAGAACGGGGCUCUUGAGAAUCUGCUUCUCAGUUACACAGAGGUUGGAGGGAAACUACCAGAUUCUAUUGGUAAUCUUCCAUUGUUGUCCAGGAUAGAGCUUAGAGGCUGCAAAUUCACUGGGCCGAUUCCAGAUUCGAUGAAAGAUCUUACCCAUAUUGUCUAUUUGGAUCUAUCUUCUAAUCAUUUAACCGGUUCAAUCCCAUCGUUUCGGUUGUCUAAGAAUCUAGCCUAUCUAAAUUUCUACCUAAACAAUUUAACCGGUGGAAUUCCUUCUUUUCAAGGUCUGAACAGUCUCCAGUUUCUUGAUUUGAGUUAUAACUCCUUGAAUGGGGAUUUCCCAGAGUCUUUGUUAGCAUUGCCAUCGCUCGAGUAUGUAUACCUUUCCAACAACAGGUUAUCAGGACCAAUACCUGGAUUCAUCUUCAAACUUCCAGUCCUUUCAACCCUCACCCUUUCUGAAAAUAACUUUAAUGGCGUUGUAGACUUAGAGAUGUUUGGAAAGUUUAAGGAGCUAUACGCACUUGAUCUUUCCUAUAAUGAUCUUACAAUCAAGGUAAAUAUUGGAAGCAAAUCAUCGUUUUCGUCUGAGCUCAACACGUUGAAAUUAGCUUCAUGCAAGAUGCAAGAGCUUCCGAAUUUAAAGAACCAAUCAAGGCUGAUGAUGAUAGAUCUUUCUGAUAAUGAACUUAGGGGUGAAAUACCCAACUGGAUUUGGGAAGUUGGCAAUGGUUACCUUCGGUUUCUUAAUUUGUCGAGCAAUAAGUUUUCAAGUCUCCAAAAGCCUUACACGUUUCCUUUUCUACUCGAUGUUCUUGACCUGCAUUCUAAUGUUCUUGAAGGAGAUAUCCCGAUUCCUCCAAGAAGAGUUUAUCAUCUGGAUUACUCCAACAACAACUUUGGAUCUUCGAUCCCAGUUAAUUUCGGGAAUGUCCUUACAUCGACCUUGUUCUUCUCUAUGUCCAACAGCAAACUGGUUGGAGUCAUUCCUCAAUCGAUACGCAAUGCCACUUCUCUCCGAGUUCUUGACUUAUCCCACAAUACACUUACAGGUCCGAUUCCAUCAAUUGGAAACUCGAAAGAUCUGCAAUCCUUGGACCUUUCAGUCAACAAGCUAAAUGGAAGCAUCCCUGUGGAGCUAGCAAAUCUUAGCUUACUUUCAUUCCUAAAUCUCUCUUAUAAUCAUCUUUCUGGAAAGAUCCCACAAGGCUCACGGUUUCAAACAUUUACAGAGUUGUCCUUUAAGGGAAACAAAGAGCUAUGUGGCCCCCCUUUGAAGAAGAGUUGUGAUAAAAAGAGAAUAUGACCACAAAUCAUUGAAGUUGCAUACUAGAGAUCCAGUCCCUGGAUCAGUUUUGGGAUGCAUAUCCAGUGGGGAUUGUGGUCAUGGAUAACAUGAUACAAACACACAUUAAUAAGGGAAUCGUUUUCGAGGAUCCUACAGCAUUGUAUACUUACAUGCAUGCUGAUCAGAGCAUGUUAUCUAUCUAACAGCACUGUACCUAUAUAUAUGCAUUUUGAAUAAGACCGUUAUAUAUCUCACAAGAAGUUUUCAUGAUUUUGAAUAAGACCAUUGUAUAUCCUUCUAUAAUUAAGUUUAAUCCAUUGCAUGCCAAAUAGA